AGACUCGGCGGCGCCUUCGCCCUGCCGGCGCCGGUGCGGGCGCCGUGCGGCGGGCGGCGAUGCGCGGCGGGCGGGCGGCGGCGGGACCGGCCGCCCCCCCGGGCCCGCGGUGACGGCGGGUCGGCCGCGGCCAUGGGGUGCCUGCAGAGCGUGGCCUGCAAGGCGCGGGUGCGCCGCGAGCAGAUCGUGGUGUCCGACGUGUCGGCCACCAUCGAGCCGGCGGCCACGGCCAUCGAGGAGAGCUCGCCGGUGGUGCUGCGGUACCGCACGCCCUACUUCCGCGCCUCCGCCCGCGUCCUCAUGCCGCCCAUCGCCCGGCGGCACACCUGGGUGGUGGGCUGGAUCCAGGCCUGCAACCACAUGGAGUUCUACAACACCUACAGCGACCUCGGCGUGUCGAGCUGGGAGCUGCCUGACCUGCGAGAAGGACGAGUAAAAGCCAUCAGCGAUUCAGAUGGGGUGAGCUACCCCUGGUAUGGAAACACCACAGAAACCGUGACCCUGGUGGGGCCCACUAACAAGAUCUCCAGGUUCUCGGUGAGCAUGAAUGACAAUUUCUACCCCAGCGUGACGUGGGCCGUCCCCGUGAGCAACAGUAACGUGCCACUGCUGACCAGGAUUAAGAGGGACCAGAGCUUUACCACGUGGCUCGUGGCCAUGAACACGACCACCAAGGAGAAGAUCAUCCUGCAGACUAUCAAGUGGAGGAUGCGCGUGGACAUUGAGGUGGACCCCAUGCAGCUGCUGGGGCAGCGGGCGCGGCUGGUGGGCAGGACUCAGCAGGAGCAGCCGCGGAUCCUCAGCAGGAUGGAGCCCAUCCCCCCAAACGCACUAGUGAAGCCCAACGCCAACGACGCCCAGGUGCUCAUGUGGAGACCCAAGCGAGGGCAGCCCAUCGUGGUGAUUCCUCCCAAGUAGGGCGUGCAGGUGAGGACCUGGGUGCCCCCAGCCAGAGCAGACCUCUUGGGUUCUCCCGCCUUUGUUUUUGUGGUUGCAAACAUGGCUCCUCCUCGGUCAGAAGUAGAGCCUGGCUGGCACAAGGGUGCAGAAGAAGGUUUGCUGAGCUGGAGGAUUUCCCAGGAAGCGGAAUCGAGUACUUGCAGCAGGCACGGAGGCUGUCUGACAUAAAGGACUCAUCUUUCCUGGCGGGGCGGCGCAAGGAGCACGAGUGUGGUUGAACUGUGCCCGUGGCAAAUGCUGCUUCCCACCCAGCCGGAGGGAGAAGCGGAGGCUGUGCCUGCUGGGGUGCCCUGCCCUGCCGUGUCCCUGCCGUGUCCAUACCUAUGCAUUUCAGGUCCAUACCCUGCCCCUCGCCUGCCCGCUGGCACCGGGCGGGAGGGCCGGCGGUGGGGUGGGAAGGGGCAGUGCUGGGGGGCUGGGCAGAGCCACCGCCCGGGAGGGGCUCUCCGCAGCCCGGGGGGAGAGGCACACGUUUUGCAUGCGUCUGGGUGUGUUUGGAGUAGUUGUGAGUGUAGGAGAUGCCAUAGCUCUUUUCCGUCUUGGAGUGAGGUCUAAGGGCAGGUUAGAUGUCCUUUUGCUUUAAGGUGCACUAAGUCUUUGCAGCUCCUCAGCCUCCCAUCCCAGAUCCCGCUGGCCCUUCUCUUACGGAAGCAGAACCGAUUCUCAGACGAGUGAGGAAUCGGGAGAAAUCUCCCAGCCCGGGUGCUCUGUGUGUGUGGUACCCCAACCAGCCCAGAGGUACCCCUGGGCUCACUUUGCUUCACGGCAGACCACGCUCCCUCGCUAGAAUCUGGGUGCUUGCUCGUUUUCCACACAAGUGCUGGCUCACAUGGAGACCUCUUCCCCAGCCACCCACGGAGCAGGGUGGCUGCUGGCUGGGCCACUAGUGGAGAGCAUGGCACGCCUUGUGGUAACUCCCCAAGCUCUGUGCAAGGCAGGGAUGUGAGUGCAGGCUGUUCAGGGCAGGCCUGCGUUUGCCUGGGAAGGAGGAGGUGAAUGUGCUGCCUGGGUGCUGCCUCCUGCUGCUGCUGUGCUUGGGAGGGGUUACAGGGGGAUUUAUUUGCCUUUCUCCUCACUCCUAGAUGGCUGGCAUUGGCUGGUCCAUGGGCAGCACGGUGCUGUGGGAUGCAGCUGGCAGUUCCCAGGAUGUCACCCUGGAGAUGUUACACCAGCAGAGGCAUAAACCAUGGCUGUGCUGCUGCUGCUGCUCCGAGUGCUCCAUCACUCCUGGGCAGGUGGUUACAGCUUUUGUUGCUUUCUGUGCUCUGUCCUCCCCAGCACAAGCCCUGCAGCUCCUCCAGCUCGCAGCCCUGCCUUCCUCACCCUGCGUGGGGAUUGUGCUGCCCUGGGGGUGCAGGUCAUUCCUGCUGGGAUGGUCCCCUGUGCUGUCCCACUGGCAGGAGAGCCUGGGGAGUAGCGCUGGGUGACACUUCGUGCACCCCGGGCCCUGCCAGCACAGCGGCUCCCGAGGCAUCUUAGACCAAAAAUCCCUGUGAAAUCCCCGUGCUAUUUAUUGCCCUCAGCAGUGUUUGCUGCUGAUCCAGUUCUUUAUUUGUUUCUGGUAUGGGAGCGUUUCCUUUGGAUGCCUUGGCGCCUUUCCCUGUGCCGGGGCCGGCGCUCCUGCUCCUCCCGCCCGGCCCCGCUCUGGGCUGGGAACCUGCUGCUUUUGUGCCUAUGUUGGGGUUCUGCAGGGGCUGCAGCCUUGCUGUGGGGCAGGUUUGGAGGGAGAGGGGGUUUUGGGCUUUGGUUUGCUGUGUUUUCUGCAGCAGAGCUCCCACAGGGAGCUUGCUGGUGUGGGAAGAUGUCCUGCUCUUGUGAGGCUGUGGUUCUGUCCAGGUGUGGGACUGAUGGCAGCUUUUGCCAUCGCUGAUGUUUCGUUUCUCAAAAAGUGUGUGUGGAGAGGGGUCAGAAACUUGAAAUACAAUUUUCCUUACGGACUGGGGGAGGAGGGGUAAGUACCUUUUGGUUUGAAGUAAGGCAGGUGUAUACUUUUGACCCAGGGAGACAGGAACAUCUCUGGCAGCAUCAGAGCUAAAACGCCAGAGGAAAGGGUUCCCCAACAAACAGGUAGCUCCAAGGUGGGCUUCCUGCUGGGAGAGGAUGCUGUGUCCAGAGGCUAUGUGAGCCAGCUCCCCAAAACCCACGGGACAUGGCUGCAUGCUGCUGUCAGCCCAGGGAGCUGCUCCAGUUGUCUGGGAGAGUAGGGACACUGCUGCAGGGAUGAGUUGAAUUCAUUGCCACCUUUUGGGAUUUGCUGGCCAGUCCGAGCCUUGGCACGUGGCUCACGCCAUAACACUGAGACAGCAGUAGCUGAAUUUCUGCCCAUGAAUGUCUGCAACAUCCUGGUGCCAGGAUGCUCCAUGCCUGGCUGUAGCCGAGUGCCUGACGCCCCACGGCUGCCUCAACCUGCAGGCAGGUGUUGGCUGAGCCCCGGGGCCAUGCCUGUGUUCACCUCUCCAGGCUUCUGCCAGGCUUCCAUUCCUGCUCCUCUGACAGCUGGAUUCGAUGCACUUCACUCGGUUUGGUGCGUGGGUUGUCUUUGUGGGCAUUUCCCCAUUAAAAAAGAAGGGGAAAAAAAAAGUUUGCAAAAAUUUUUUGCAAAGAAACACGUGCAAACAGUGUUUACAGAAACGUGCAGGCAUUUUGCAAAAAGUGCGUGUUCACACCUGGGUGGAGGUGGAGCUCUGGGGCUGGUGGUGCUCAAAGGAAGGAGGGAAGGUGGUGGGGGAGAGCUCCUGUGUGUGAGUCUGAGUUUGGCUCAUUUCCUGUGCCUGGAUGAGCACUCAGACCCCUGGGCUCCGCCCCAUGGGAUACUUUCCCUGUGCCCCCCUUCCCCACCAGCACCCCAUUAUCUCAGGGAGGGGCAGCUCAUGGAAAUGCCCACCCUCAUGCUCCCUGUGCCCUGAGCCUCGGGGUGCCCCUUCCCCUCCUUCCCAUCCUCGGGUCACUUAUUUAUUUAUCUAUUUAUUUAUUUAAGUUAUUUAUUGGUAUUUAUUGACAACUGGAAGUCGGGGUGGGGGGUAAUUUCUGCUGCACAGUGGGGGCAGCUGGGUCUCCCCCACACCCAGCCCCCUGCAUUUUGGGGUGCUGCUGGGAGCACCUCUGGGGAAGGGUGCCUGUGGGUCCCCACGCUCCCAUCCUCUUUUUGUGAGGGAGAAAAAGGAAGGGGAACCACCCCAGUGCCUGCAGGGAGGGCACCUGGUGCUCGCUCCCUCCCCGCAGCAGCCUGGAGCCCCGUGCUCCUCCCGUGCCCAUCCCUGUUCACUGACCCGGCCUCCUGGUGCUUCUCCCGCUGGAUUUGCUGUUCGCAGUUCCCGGGGAGGGCGGGAGGAGCCAGGAUGGAUGAAUGUCACUACGGAGAACAGACCAAACCAGGUAUUCUGCUGCCGCGUGGGGAAAAUCGGAAAGAGAGGAAAGCUGGUUUUGCAGAGUGCCUUAAACACAAAUGACUUUACCGAGUAGGGGGCUUGGACUUUCUGUCUCUGGAUGUUAUUACCAACUGGAAAAAUGUUGCAUUUCACUUCUCUGGGAUUAAAAGAAAACUACUCGAGCUGUACUGGAGCCAAACCUUGUGUUCGCUUGAGUCUCUCUGGGGCCAUGGCAGCACCACGGAACAGGCGGGAAUUCCUGGAAUUUCAAUCAGCCCCUGCCUGCCUCAGCAGUGGCACUGGUGGCUGUCCCUGCGGGCUUUAAGCCCUUGGGUCUGGUGGCAGGAUUUGUUCCACUUUGUCCUGACUUGCAGGUGGCUUCUGUGGUGUCCUGGAGAGGUUGUGCUGGCCCUGCAGUGCCCUUCCCCAGGGGAUGCUCUGAGCAGGCUGUUUGCACAAAGGUUGCCAUGGGGCUGUGUCCUGAGGCUUUCAGAAAAUUGGGCAGUUGGUUGGAAAGCUUGGAGGGGGCAGAUGUUCCUUUUCCCCUUAGGAAACCAGAUCGAAGUGAGGGAACAAGAAGAAGCCCAGGAGUUUGUGCAGCCCAGCCAUGGGAACCAGGAAAGCUGCCCAGCUUGAUAAGGCUGAAAAGCUACACAGAAAAAGGAUGUUUCCCUUUUGAAACUGUAGAUUUCCCCCUCCCCUUUCUUGCAGAGUGGAAGAGUGAGAACUAAAGUCAGCCCAGAGACCAACUGUUCCUAUCUUCCAGUCAAAAUAAUACAUGGGAAUAAUAUGGAGUUUCAUAACAAAAGUUCAUUUAAAAGCCAUUUGGGGAAAUACACCAAUAUUCACUGCAUAGUUCCUGAAGGCAAUUAAUAAUUAAUAACCCCCCCCUGUUUUGGGAGUAGGAGGAGUAAUGAAAAAGGGUUGUGGGUGCAGCCUGAGGUUUAAUCUGGAGGGGAUCUCAUUGCAUCUGGUGCAUUGCUCACCUUGAACGUCAAACCUGCCAGUCCCCACUUGCUGGGGGGGUACCUUUGUGCCCCCAGACAGCUGAUCUCUUUAACAGCUGCUCCUUUUGAGCAUUGCUGGCUGUGCAGGGCAUUGAGGGAUGCUGGCAGCCACCCUAUGAGCUAUCCAGUGAGCAGCUUCCUUUCUUGCUGUUAUAUUAAAACAUUGCUCAUCUCUUGACAAAUCCCUGAGAUGGAGGUGUGGGGGAGCAGGAGUUUGCAGGGCUCCUGUCUUGCCUGCUUGUGCCCUAGGAGCAGGGAAGGACCCUCUACCCAGCAGCCAAGGGCAGCCCAGGCUGGGCACAUUCUUCCUUCUCAGCAGGGGAAGCACAACAGCCUUGUCUGAGACCCUGUGCCCUGGGACAACCUGUCUUUCCAAAAGGCCUCCCUUGCAGAGCAAGAACAAGGGCAGUCUGUGCUGCUGGCACCCCCCUGCAGAGCCUGGGCACAAAUCCCAGCUGUGUGGCCACAGGGAAGGCAGGAAAUGCUGCCGGGUGCCCUGGGGCCAGCGGAGACACACAAGGGACACAGCAGAUAGUGCUGAAGGUCAGUUUAUUUGUUUGAUUCCCUCUUCCACAACACCUGGAAACAACCACCUUCCAGCAAGAGAUGAGAAAGCAGUUAAGAAGUGAGAGAUUUGGCUCUGCAGCUCCUCCGCUACUCACGGGACCAAAGGUUAGAUGGCUGCUCUGAAAGGCACGCAGCAGCUCGGAGCCCCCAAAGCUCCCUGUCCCAGCAGGACACCCCUUCUUCACCACGCCUCUGGGAAAAGCACGGCUGGGAGAGACACCCCAGCAGGAGCCCCCCAGUCCCCACUGGUCUGCUCAUCUCGUCCUUGCAGGGCUGGUCCGAGGCAGGAAAACACCCAGGGUUUAUCUCUGAGGGGUUUGGGGGUGGAAGGGACAGGAGGGCUGGUUUAGCAGCAGUGAGGCUGUGGUUUGUGCGGUGUCAGAGGGGCAG